AUGCGAAUGCUGGACACAGAUACUGGGCGAUUCGUUGAUAUCACCGAUUGGCGGAAGGCCCGAUAUGCCAUCCUCUCUCAUACUUGGGAGGGCGCAGAGCAGACGUGCCAGGAGGUGAGGGAGAUUCAGAAGAACGACUCUGCACUGUCCCAGAAGGUUCGUAGAGCUUGCGAGGUAGCGCGCUCCCAUGGGUAUCGGUACCUCUGGGUCGAUUCAUGCUGCAUAGACAAGACGAGCAGCUCAGAGCUAUCCGAGUCGAUUAAGUGGAUGUACGUCUGGUACCGGGACGCAAGCGUUUGCUAUGCGUACUUGUCGGACGUCGAGAUGGAUCCGGAGCAGGAUACGGUGAAGCUCAGGCUCCGCGUCAGCCGGUGGUUCACACGGGGUUGGACGCUACAGGAACUCAUCGCUCCGCGGUAUAUCGUCUUUCUCUCGAAAGAGUGGCAGAUCAUCGGGACGAAGACCACCCUUGUCGCAGACAUCGAGCUCGUCACUGGUAUCGAGAACGACAUCCUGACUCACACGAAGUCACUCGACGAGGUCCCCGUGGCGCGGAGGAUGUGCUGGGUAGCCACCCGACAGACGACGCGAGUGGAGGACGAGGCGUACUGCCUACUCGGCAUCUUCGACAUCAAUAUGCCUACCCUUUACGGAGAGGGAGAGCGUGCGUUGCGGCGGCUGCAGGAGGAGAUCUUGCAACGAAUUCCGGACCAGAGCAUCUUCGUGUGGGACGCUGUCCAUCCGUACACAUUCCGCUUCUUUGAGGCGUCUGAUGGCGCGACGGAUGAUGCUCACUCAGGGCUGGACCUCACGAGUCUCCAUCCUACCAUCUUUGCUCAGACCUUCCAUGAGUUCUUCUGGGCAGGAUAUGUGUCGCCCGUGCCUCAUGACUUAUGUCAACGCUACCUCGGACUGACAGAGCUUGACUACCCUCCACCAGACUACACUCAGUCUCCCUACGGCCUACGCACACGCUUUCCCAUGCUAUCCAUCGCGAAAUGCUUCCCCUCCCGACCUCUCCGCGCUGUCGAUCCCAAGGGCUUGACUCUUCAAUGCUGAUUCCUGGCCAUCCUAGGAUUUAAACUCGAUUUCCACCAGGGCGAACACCUUCUCGUCCGCCUCUGCUACCUGAACCCGCACAAGUCCGGAGCAGAUGUCCUCAUGGGCGUUGGGCAGUGCUGGAAAAGAGCGGCCAACCAACGUGCGGACCUCUUCGUGCUGACGCUUGACGACAUUGCGCGUUACCGAUCCCAUCUGGAGGUGAGGGUGGUGUACAUACCCCGUCCCAACCGCGCGCGAGCAAACGAAGCCCCUCGCAUUCCGCAAGAGGUGCCCUAUGUCACGCUGUCCCCGUGGACUCGAAGGAUAUGCUUAGUCAGCUCGUAGUAUAUCUGCCUCUCGC